GAUCUGAGUAUUGCUCUCUGAUUCACCUCGUUACGCUCCUUGGGUGCUGUUUCAUCCUAUGCUGACACCAUGCAACAAUACUAUCCCUCGAGUACUGCAGCAAUGCGAUGCUCCCCAAGUACUGCCACCAUACUUCUGGUUGGCACGGCGCUCUCCGUUGCCACCGUCACUGUGAUGGGCAUUGCAAUUGUGGCCGCUGCAGCAUCGUGCUCGGGCUGGCCGAUGAACGGCAAACUCCUUUCCUUCUUACGCCCCAAGCAAUGCGGGCUACUAAAAGAAAUUUGGGAAAGGCAUCAGGAACUGCUCACAUAUGGAGUGAACGGGAAGGAACUAGGGGACGAAGGUGCAAGCCCACGCACCACUUCAGCACUUUUUGGGAGUGUGGAACUUCUGGAUGAUGUAGCCAGAGACAACAGGGUACAGCUUUUGGGGUGUGAUCACCUCAGUAACGUCUCCAGUCUUGAAUUAAUUGGAUCGGGAUACACGAAGACAGUGUACAAAGGGGUUCUCCCAGACGGGAGAACAGUGGCACUGAAAUCCAUUAAUGUAGAAGGCACAGAUAUGAGGCGCUGUGUGCAACGUUACGGGAAUAUUGAUGGGUGCUACCGUUUAGCGGCUUAUAAACUUGUAAAAGAAGUGACUCUGCUUCAGAAACUACAGCACCAAGGCAUUAUCAGUUUGCAGGGGAAGUGCUAUGAGAAUAGCAUGGCAUUCCGAAUAAGGGUCAUUUCUGUGCUGGAACUUGGCUCCCCUGUGGAUAUGAUUCAUCUCCUUCAGACCCCCUGGGAAGAAAGGUUCAAGGUUUGUAUGAGUCUAAUAAAGCUACUCCAUUACCUAGCACAUUCUCCACUGGGUUCAGUGGCCCUUUUGGAUUUUCAGCCAAGGCAGUUUGUUUUAGUGGAUGGAAACCUGAAGAUAACAGAUAUUGAUGAUGCCACUACUGAAGAACUCACCUGCACAGAAGACAGUGACUGCAAAUUAGAAUUCCCAACAAGGAAUUUUACUCUCAAGUGUUGCCCUAAUGGAAAGUGUCAAGGAAUCAAUGCUAAAAGGAAUAUAUACAAUGCAUUCCGGUAUUUUUUCACCUAUCUUCUGCCACACAGAGCACCAUAUGAAUUGCAGCCUUUUUUGAAUAAAAUCAUGAAUUCCACAGGUGAUCUGUUGUAUGAUAUUGAUGAAACCAAUGAUGCAUUUGAUGAAAUUUUGCACCUCUAUAAGUCUGGGCUCUACUUUACAAACACUUUCCAGCACUUAAAAGGCUAUCAAGCAUAUGAAAAUGUUGCAGUCAAGGAUGAGCCAGACUACAAAUGCUGGCCCUCCUACAAUCUGCAGGGGUGUUUAUUAUCGGUCCACAAUGCAGAGGAAGCUGCUGCAAUUUGCAAUUCCCAUCCAAAAUGUCAGUGUUUUGUUCUGACAGCGCAAAGGACAUGGACAGGGCGAUACCUUGCUUGGUUUAGAAGUGGUUUCACUAAUUUAAUACCAGACAGGAAUUCUUCAGUUUACAUAAGAAUGUCAAAUACCUCGGUGCCAACAAUCUGAAAAGAGAUCACAGAAACAUCUAGUGAAGAAAUUAUUUCCAUCAUCAGGAUAUAAAAUCAUUUAUUGUACAUUGUUUUAUGAGGCUGUCAAUUUGCCAGUAGAAAAUGAGAAAAUUCUUGACAUCAGAUUUCCCACUGACAUCGAGAAGAAGAGCUAUUUCAUCUCUGAUUUACAUUUAAAGGAAAUCAAUAUUGUGAUUACGUACAAUAUGAAAACUAUGUUAGCCUUCUUCAUGAGCUCUGUGGUCAGUGCAAGAAAUUUAGCAAACUGAAGUAUUGUCUACAUGAUAUGCAACUUGUCCUUUAAGAUGCGGGUUUAUAUCCUGCAUCUCAGGUGUUUAUUUGUGAUUUUGGUAUAUUCCUGGAACUUAAGUUGUUGUUAUCUUUAAAUGUAUAAUAUAAUAACUUAUGCACUUUUCUGCACUUUUGCAGAUUAACUUUGAUGACCUUACAGGUUUGUGUGUACUUUCAGUGAAAGAACGCAAUUAUAAUGAGAAUGUAAACUUGUAUUUCUGUACUUAGACAUACCUGAAUAAUAAAAUAUCUUGGGUGUGUGAAUGUA